CUGUUGCUGGUGGUGGUGGUGGUAGAUCAGUUUGAGCUGAAUUAGGGCUUUUAGAUCCUUGGUUUAUCCAUGUCGAUGCUGGAUUCAUUCUUCAACAAGGGAUUUAAAGGAGCUAAAUGUAAAACCCUUCUGAAGCUGACCAUUCCACGCAUAAAGUUGUUGCGGAAUAGGAGAGAGAGUCACAUAAAACAGAUGCGUAAGGAUAUCGCUAAGCUCCUUGAGACUGGCCAAGAAGCCACGGCUCGCAUACGGGUAGAGCACAUUAUUCGGGAAGAGAACAUGAUGGCUGCACAGGAGAUUGUUGAGCUAUUUUGUGAACUUAUCACCGUCAGGCUUCCCAUUAUUGAGACACAAAGGGAGUGUCCUCUAGAUCUGAAAGAAGCCAUUUCCAGCAUCUGUUUUGCUGCACCAAGAUGUGCAGACUUGCCAGAAUUGCAGCAGGUUGAAAUGUUAUUUGCUUCCAAAUAUGGAAAGGAAUUUGUUUUGGCUGCAACAGGACUCAUGCCAGACUGUGGUGUUAAUCGACAGAUAAUUGAACUGCUAUCCAUUCGUGCCCCUCCUGCUGAAAUAAAACUGAAGUUGCUGAAGGAAAUCGCUGAGGAGCAUGAGAUAGAUUGGGAUCCAUCUGCUUCAGAAAAUGAGCUCUUCAAGCUGCAUGAAGAUUUGCUGAAUGGCCCUACCCAGUUUGUUGGUGGAGCUAAACUGCCUCUCCCCAAAGAGAAACAUGAUGAAUCAUGGCACUCUGCCCCUGCUCAAGUUCCUGAUGAACAUUCUGAUCUUGAUAAUGGCUUUGAUCCAUUGGAUCUUCCUGAAGUUCCUAUAGUAUCAUUACGAUCCGCUGUAUUAACCCCUGAAAUAGUUCCACCACCCUUUCCAUCUGCACCGGAUUCUGAGAUUGAUCAUGGAGUUAAGAUGUACUCUGGAGCCGACGAAAAUCACUUGAAGGGACCACAUUCAGAACCUUACAAAGUUGCACCGGAACCUUUGGCUGCAUCCCAAUGCAAACCAGUUAAUAUUGCAUCUGUUGCAAGGGAAGACAAACAAUUCCUCCCAUUCAUUGCUCCUCCAUCAUUCUCUGCUGCUUCAUUCUCUACACGAGAGGACAAGGAAGUCCCUUCUUUAUUAAGAACCAAAAGUGAGGCCAACAAGCCAGUCCCUUUUUUGUCAAGAACCAAAAGUGAGGCCAAUGUGAACUUGCAGGAUGUCCUGGCUGCAGCUCAGGCUGCUGCAGAAAGUGCUGAACGUGCAGCAGCUGCAGCUCGUUCAGCCGCUAGUCUUGCAGAGGUCAGAAUCGCUGAACUCAUGAAGAAAAGCAAUGACCAGGAGGACAGAGAAGUCAUUGAACAGUCAGUUGAUCCUGAUCAAUCGGCUACAAUGAAGGUGCCUCAGUUUGAACAUCAGCAGUCUUUUGGUAAUGUCAAUGGUUCUUUCUCAUAUCCACAGGACCCACUUCCAGGCCAUAGACCUAAUUGGGGAUCAGAGAUGAAAAAUCCCACCCCCAAAGACGGAUCUGAACCACCUUUUUCUAGUGGCCAAGUUCUUGAACAUGGAACGACUACUCACCAGCCUCAGCGUUUAGCUUCAAUGGAGGAUGAUCCAUAUUUUUCCUACCCCAACUUAUUUACUUCUCAGGAAUCGAAUCAUGGGUCUAGUAGUUUUUCUUCAACCUUGAACUCCCAGUCGAGACGUGAAUAAGAGUAGGAGUGCAGGGACAUUACUGAGUCCUUGCUCCUUUUUUAGCUCCUGCAGGUUAUAGAUACUUUAUGUAUUUGAAAGUUUACUACAUAUCAUUGUUUGUCUUCUUCUGUAAGUAAUGAUGUUUCCAGACACUACGCAAAUCUGAUUUUACUUCUUGUGAUGCCCAGGUAUGUUCUUCUGUAUGUAAUGUAGCAAUGAGACCUGUAAGUAUGUGAAAUAAAAUUCCAGUUGAAACAGUUACC